UCACAAACUUUAUCUUAAACCGCGACGGCGUUGAGCGUGCGCAGUGCACGUCGUCGCUCUUUCGUAUCUGGUUUUUUCCAGCCUUUUGAGUUUUGAGUUUUGGCAGUUGCCACUUGCCAGUUUGGCACCGCGACGGUUGCUGUUUAAAUUUAAAAUGUAAAAUAAUAAUUACUAAUUGUCUAUGGGCCUAUUACGACUUACGGUAUUACAUGUAUUUAUAAUUUAUGUAUAAUUGCAUGUAUAAACUCUCAAUAGUCAAUUCCGUGACACUGUGCACUCAUAGAUAAUAUACAAUAACAAUUGUAUAUUAUGUAUAUUAUCUAUGAAUGUAUCUAUUGUCUAUCUAUAUAUACGUGACAUUACCGGCGUCACUCCGACUCACCUACUUCGGUCUUCGUUAUCUAUAUUGUAUGCGACUCCGCAUCAUGGAGUAGUAGACAGUUGAUCAGUGUUAUAACGUCUUUUAGACAGUCAACACUCAAAAAUUGUUACCACAGAUAUAUAAUAUAAUAUUAUAUAUAUUAUAUCUGUGAUCGUCACUUAUCAGUCGUCGGCCGUGUGGGAGAUUGCUCGUUCGCCGUCUCAAACUUCCAACAAUCCAACAUUACCUAUUGGCUAUUAUACAAGAUAUUACAGUUCGGUUCGGGGACCGGCUCUUGCGCACGAGGAUUUAAUUUUCAUCUGUCGGAUUUAUAGACAAGUUCACUGGUUGGAUUCGACGAUAUUAAUUGAACAUUUGAAUUAAUAAAUGUAACAACUAUAACUUUUAAUACCAGUGAUUUUAUCUUCAUCAAAAUAGUUUGAAUAUUACCUAGUAUAUUGAAAUUACAGUCAUAAUGGAAGAAGAAAGUAUAAAACUAAAUGAAAACCCAGUAAAACAUGAAUUUGAAGCUGAAGAAAUUCAAAAUGAAAAUAAGAAAACAUUUAAUUGGGCUGAGUUUUUAGCUUGUGUAUCUGUGGCAACUACUAACUUACACACAGGAUUUGCUUUGGGAUUUUCUGCAAUACUUCUACCACAACUUGAAAAAUACAAUGAUGAAAUGGGCAAGAUAAGUGAUUCUCAAUCUUCCUGGAUUGAUGUUCUUAUGUUUAGCCAGCAGUAUUUCAAUAGCUGCUCCAUUUGGAUGUCUGUUUAUAGCUUUUACGCUGGACAGAAUUGGUCGUAUAUCCACAUUUAAAAUUUCUCUAUGGCCAUGUUUUAUUGGAUGGAUGUUAAUUGCUCUUGCUUUUAACCCAAAGAUUAUCAUCAUUGGAAGAUUAUUGACCGGAUUUGCUAUGUCUGUUGGUACAAAUUCAGCCAAUGUGUAUAUGGCAGAAAUAUCUAGUCCAAAACUCCGAGGUUCCAUGAUGUCAAUAGGUUCUGUGAUGUUAUCUUUUGGAAUAUUAUUAAUGUACUGCACUGGGUUAUAUCUACAUUGGCGUAUUGUUGCAUGGAUAGCAUUUGUUGGGGCAUUUUUCCCAGUUCUCAUGACUGUAUUUUGGACACCUGAAAGUCCUGUUUGGUUAAUUCAUAAAGGGCAAGAUGUUAAAGCUUUAAAAUCUUUAGCAUAUUUAAAAAACUCUAAAUAUUGUGCAGGUGCUGUACAAGAAACUUUUAACGAAAUGAAAAUUAUUAAAGAAAAAAAGGAUUUAUUAAUUAAUAAAGAAAUGGAAAAAAGUAAUGUGUUUAGGCGUGUAGCCUGGCUUUUGUCUAAGCCAACUGUUUUUAAACCUGCACUUUUUAUGAUUGUAUUCUUUGUCUUACAACAAUUUACUGGAAUUUAUACAUUUCAAUUCCACGCUGUUAAAAUGUUGCAAGAAGUUGCUCAAGGUAUCGACAUCAAAUUUGCCACUUUACUGUUUGGUUUAUUCCGAUUCUUAUUAAGUUUUGUAGCAACAGGAAUGUUACAUAAUUACGGUAGACGUCCUCUGUGUAUGAUUAGUGGUAUUAUCAUGGGAAUUACCUUGUUCAUUUCUGGAUUAUGUUUUUGUUUAAGAACUAAUGGUGAUGAAAGUAUUAUUAUGACAUGGAUAUCAUUAUUGUGUAUGUUACUCUAUAUUUCGGCUGGCUCUGUCGGUAUAAUGCUGAUUCCAUGGAUAUUGCCCAGCGAAAUGUUUCCGACCGAGGUAAAAGGAUUACUUAUUGGACCCAUUAUGGCAUGGUGUAAUGCAGUCAUGUUUGUUGCAGUUCAUUUUUACGAGGAUCUUAAAAGAAUAUUGGGUGGUAUGCUAGGCAUUUUGUGGUUCUAUAGUUUCAUAUCAAUUCUAUCAGUGUUUUUUGUGUGGGUGUUUAUUCCCGAGACACAUAAAAUGAAAUUAUUCGAAAUAGAAGAUUAUUUUAAAGAUAAUACUAUAUUCUUACUAAGAAAAAAAAAGACUGUAAAAAACGAACAAUUGUGUAUAUAAUAUGUUGAUAUUUAUUUUUAUAUAGAACAAAUGUUGUUAAUUGUAAUUGUAAGUUGUUCUAUAUUCAUAUUCUAACUUGAUUAUACUCAAGAUAAUUACUUUUUGUUCAAAAUGUUCAAUAUUAAAUUAAAAUUAAAAAAUUAUUUUUUAGUUUUUGUAACAAAUAAUACUGUAAAAAUUAACUAUUUAAUGUUUGGUAUAUAUUAAUAAUAAACUUUUCUUAAAUAUAAGGUCAUAUUUGUGUA